CACUGGAUUGGGAAAUCCCGCCAGUCACGUGACACCCUGCGGCGCGCUCCGCUGUGCACCUGCAGAGAGAGAAGAGGAGAAGGAGGAGUGGAGUUUGGAUGCCUCGGUCGAGCUGGACUGCCGCUUUUCACUCGAACUCAGCACAAGUUCUCCAACCAAGUUUUAGUGAAGAAGUCGUGGAAUAGCUGGGAUAGGAAUGGAGCUUUCGUCAGGCCGGUUUUGCUGUGUACUGUUGAGCCUCUUUGCAGGUUUGGCCUCUGGUCUAGAGAUCACGUCUACGGCGCCGACCUCCAUAGAGACGGCCAGCGGGCAGAGCGUGAAGCUGGACUGCCAGUUCACUCUGGCCCCGGAAGAUUCUGGACCGCUGGAUAUUGAAUGGAGCUUGUUGUCCUCUGACAACCAGAAAGAGGACAAAGUGGUGAUCCUGUACUCUGGCGACAGGUCCUACGAGGACUACUAUGACCCAAUGAAGGGUCGAGUCCACUUCAACUCGGCCGACCCCAAGAACGGCGACGCCUCCAUCAACUUGACGGGGCUGAAGUCGUCCGACUCGGGCACCUACCAGUGUAAGGUGAAGAAGGCUCCUGGUAUCCGCAGCAGGAAGAUGCUGCUGAUCGUCAUGGUGAAGCCAUCCAAGCCCAGGUGCUACGCCGAAGGGCCCACACAGGAAGGCAAAGACAUUGUGCUGAGGUGCAUAUCUAACGAGGGCACCAAACCCCUGCAAUACAGCUGGGAGAAGACCAGUGACCGCAAGCUGCUGCCCAGCUCCGCUGUGAUGGAUCCAGUGGGAGGCACCAUUAACGUGAGGAACGCAUCUGCCAGCACAUCUGGCACCUACCGCUGCACUGCCAAUAACCGUGUUGGCUCUGAGGAAUGUAUUCUGUAUCUCAACGUGACACCUCCCCCCAACACUGCAGGCAUCAUCGCAGGAGCCAUAAUUACUGUACUCCUGAUCCUCCUCAUCAUUGCCAUCAUCCUCUUCUGCUGUUGCCGUGCCCGUAACCGGAAGAAGUAUGAGAAGGAAAUCUGCAAUGAGAUAAGAGAGGACGUGCCCCCUCCUAAGAGCCGCGUUUCGAUGGCGCGCAGCUUCACCGUGGGCAGCCAGCGCUCCUCGCUGGGUUCCAUGUCCCCCUCCAACCUGCACGAGUACGCCCUGAAGCCCCAGUACGACAAGAUCCCCUCGUCGGAGGAGUUUGAGAGGCCUCCAAGCCACGCCCCUCUGCCCCCGCCCACUGCUGCCAGGAUGGCCGGCCCCAACCUCAGCCGCAUGGGGGGCAUCCCGGUCAUGAUCCCUGCCCAGAACAAGGACGGCUCAAUCGUCUAGCCUGUCCUUGAGAAGUGGCCGUACAACGAGGGGAGGGAUUGAAGGAAGGGAGUAGGACACAGGCCACUGAAGAUGGAGCGAGAGCUGGGAUAGGGCUGAUUCGCCUGACGUUUAGCUCUUCAAUAUUUACAAAUGGGAGUACCCUCCUCUUUUGAAGGCCUGGCUCUGCGUUGGUGCUGAGAAGAGAAAUUGAAUUGUACUGGAAACACAACAGAGCACAUUAACUUUUUAUCAAAUAUAAAUACAAAAAAACUUAUGAAUUUUACUUCCUGGAUUUUCUCACUGAAAAAUGAAUUGGGGUGGAUAUGAAGCAGAAUGGUCAAUAUACAAAUUAUAUUGUACAUAACGUGAAUGCAUGUGUUUUUGUUUUUGUUUUUUUUUAAAUAUAGAAGGCCCUUGCGGUAGAGAUACUCUAUGUUGAAAACAGAUCCAGGCCCCUAAUUGGCCAGCUUUACAGCUGUAUGCAUGCAUGUAUGUAUAAAAUUGCAGCUGUAAGCGUGUGUGUGAAUAUAAGUGUAUGUUUGUGAAUGGGAGUUUUGGAAAUGUAUAGUUCAUUUCUCGUCUUUUAAUGCCUACAUGAUGAUCAUGGGUCAGGAAAUCCAGUCACUGCUCGUUUUUCUGACAUCCGUAAUUCCAUAAAUGUAUUGUAUUGACCUUUUGGAAAAAUGGAAAGACAGACUUAUUACAAGAAAAUUCACCAAUUUGAAUCGGUCCUUCAAAAAAAGUCUAUUUAGGUCAGCCCUUUUCUGUUGAACCGUUUGCUGUUUGAAUUGGCUGAAGUGAACAGGAUUGGCUGGUGGGGAGGGGGAGGGUCAGACCCAAGGGGGGGUCAAACAUCUUGUGAUUGCGUGGAUUAUUGCUUCUUGACUAAGCUUAAAAAACAAUAGCCACCAUCGCUCCCCCAGAGAUCUUAGAGGAGGUAGUGUAUAGGGAGGCAGCUGGACAGAAAGGUUCACUGAACAAUUAGCUGUGAUUGUGUUUGACUGGCCCCUAAGCCCUGUGACCACCAGAACAUUCUCCCCUAACACACACACACACACACACACACACACACACACACACACACACACACACACACACACACCAUAUUAGCAGGACAAGAGCACCCAGUCUUAAUUCAUCAUCUGUAGUUUCAUCCCCUCCCCCCCCUCUCCUCAGAUGUCCAGCAUAUGUAAUCCUCCUUAUUUUUAGUCUCAUUCCAAGGGGCCAAUAUCUUGAUUAACCUUCUCGCUGUGGUCAAUAUGAAAGCUUUCAUGACUUCUGUAGCAUUAAUUGGACCUUUUUUAAUGAAGGAUGUUAAGGCAGCCUACAUGAAGAAAGGGCCCACAAAGAGGAACCAAUGAGAAACGCCUUAGAAUGCUGAAUUGUACUGCUCUGCAUUCACUUUACAACCCCUUUGGUUUGAGUUCAUUGUGCAGUCUCAGUGCUGGAUAAUAUAAAUGUCCUUUCAGUUGCAGUUUGAGGGUUAUUCUACUCUUAAAUAAUGCCCUUUCUUCCAUUGUUUGCAAAACUAUUGGAAGCCCAAUAUCUAAUCUCGUCUGCUACUUUACAAAGUAAACCAGUAUGAAUACUU